AUGAAAUAUUUGUCGCUGAUUUUCUUUACGGCAUUUUGCCUUACCUCAAUCCAUUCGGCAUGUGUACCAUUUUUUGGUAGUUGUUCGAAUCCAUUUGUGAAUUCGGUGCCGAUUAUUAUUGUAACACCAGCAUCGAGUAGUUUCUUCGAUUGGUUGAAAUGUAUUUGGGGAAGAUGUGCGAAUACACCCCCUACCGAUUGUCCACCACCAUCACCGCCGGUUAUAGCGCCCACACCAUGGCCAGUAACUCCAGCACCAUUACCGCCAUCACCACCAACAUUAACACCCACUACACCACCUGGUAGCGGACUCAUACCAAGCUUGGCUCAGCCACCAUUUGGAACUUUUCCUGCACCCACAAGCCCAGCAACCGUUCCACCACCGCCAACAAGCCCAACUACGGGCUGGGCCACACCUACUUUGCCAUCAACCCCAACUGCUGGCUGGCCCACACACUCUAUGCCAACUACUCCAGGACCCGCUCCUAUACCACCACCAGCAACUAGCCCAACUGGUGUGUGGCCUACACCUACGGCGGCAACAUCCCCUACUGCUCCAACAACUGCCUGGCCCACACACUCUAUGCCAACAACUCCACCAGGUAGUGGUGUCAUACCCAGCACCUCACCAGAACCCGUACCACCACCGGCAACUACCCCAACCGCUGGCUGGACCACACCCACUGUACCAACUACUCCGCCAGGCAGUUGGACACCAACAUUAACACCAACUGCUGCGUAG